UAAAAAUCAAUUUUAGUUUAUUAGAUUCUCUUCAAAAAUCUAACCUAGUUACUGAACUAGUGUGAAAAAAAUCAGGUGUUUUAUACACAAAAGUCUUUUAUUCUUCUUUUGAAACAGUCUGACCAACUUUUCAAUUGAAAACAGACUUAGAAAUAUCUCAAUUGAAACAGUCUGACCAACUUUUCAUUGAGUGAAAACAAUGAGUUCAAAAAUACACUCAGUUGAUGUGGAAAAAGAUGCUUUCUCAAAUGCUAUUCCUGAGAUUGAAAUUCUGAAGAGAAGAAAGAAAGAAGAAAUAGAGAAACAACAAGUUCUUGAAAUACAGGAACUUGAAAAAGCAAGCAAGAUUCUUGGAAAGCAGUGUCUGAGUGAGAUGAAUGAAGAAGUUCUGUUAAUUCUUCAUGCUCAGGCCAGACAACUACAGGAGAAGAAAACAUAUGCUCAAGCAGCUGAAUCUGCUGUCUCUAAACCUGCUGUCUCAAAACCUGCUCAAAAUCCUGAGAAAACUGAGAAGAAUACUGCUCAUGCCUCUAUUCAUGGAAAAGUGGAAAAGAAAAUGCAAAAAGAGAAAAACUUCCAAAUCUCUAGAAAUAGAAGACUCAUUCUCAAAGUCUCAAACCAGGACAUUCUGCAAAGAAACAAGCUAAACUCAAAUCUCAUUUUCAGAAUCAGAAAUGAAAUUAAUCAGCAGUUCUUUUCUCAGUUGAUGACUGAUAUUGAAGUUCAAAAACCAGUUAUAGCUUCAAUUGAGCCAUCAUUCUUUGGAAACUCUAUUAUUCUGACUACAAUGCCUGAAUUCAGUGCUGAAUUCCUUAUUCAGAAUGAGAAUCUCUGGAAGUCAGCAGUAGAAUCAUUGCUAAACACAACAAUUCUAUCUGAAAGAGAUGAAAAGUGGGGCAAAUUCAUUCUUCAUGAUAUUCCAGUUGAAAUUUUUGACUGUGAAGAAGGAAUGCUACUUCUCAAAAAUGAAUUGGAAGAAUACAACUCCAUUCAACUGAGAAAGGAGCCUUCAAAGAUCUCUGAAGUAAGAGUAGCAGAGACUCAAAAUGUGCAUUCUGUGCCAGAGAUCACAAAACUAGUGAGCAUAAAUGUGAAACAUGCUCAAAAAGAGGUGAAAUUUGUCAACAUACUCUGCUUAAGUGCUCUAAUUGUAAAGAAAAACAUGCAUCUAGCUCUAAAGAAUAAUUUGAAUCCUCAAACUCCUGUUAAGAUUAGAGAAUUGAGAAAUGACUCUGGUGAUAAACUAGAUAUAAUGCAAGCAGUUGAGAUUCCUACUUUUCAGAACAGUUAUAAUCUACUAUCUGAUGAUAGUGAUUAG